CGCAGCACAGCUGUUUUCAGGAGGAGAGGCUGAUUUUAAGAGUCUUAAACCAUAUUUUCUCUGUUUUACUGGCUAAAACCGAGACGUUUUCUCCACGCAUUUCGUCUCUUUAGUUUUAUCUUCUGUCAAAAUUCGGUUUUCAGUUGUUUAUCUUUUCCGGUGCGCAGUUUUUGAGCCCAGCAGAGGACAGGAUGGUUCUGUCAACAUCACAACAAGUCGCCUUGGCUUUCACGGCCGUGCUCUUCACGUUUGUCGUCCUGCCCAGGAUGUUUGGAGUCGGAGGAGGGUCUGGGACGAAGGAGACCAGAUUUGACCCUCGUUACACCCGAAAAGGUCCAGGCCCAGGCGCAGUGCGAGGCCAGCCCAUCAAUAUGAACGCCCCGGGAUCUCCUCAGAGCCAUGAGAAUGUGCAGCAGAUGAAGAAGCUGAUGGAGCAGGAGAUGAAGAACGACAAGUACAAAUCCAACAACAACAAAGGCUACGUGUUCACUCUCAUGCCUCUUUAUGCUAUUGGAGUGGGCGUGUUUGCAGCUUACAAGUUUCUGAAGAUCAAUUAUUCAGAUGAUCAGGCACAAAAGGAUAAAUUUGUCAAAGGAGCCAAAAAGUCAGUGGAGGCAGAAAACCAGUUGAACGAGCUGGAACAAAGGCUAGCACAAACAGAGAGGAUGCUCAACUCCAUCCUCACACAGCUGGACCCGCUUACUAACUGUGUGAAGUCAGUGGCUCAGGAGCAGAAGAACGAGAUCAUGUCACAGCUUCAGACGAUUCGAAUCCUGAUGAAGAAGAGAGGAAUGGACUGUCCGCCCCUGAACAUCAAUGAGGCAUCCUGCGGCCGUAAUCUGGACGAUCUUAUCGAGUCAAUCGGAGCCAAAGACACCUCAGCAGCGGGAACUUCUCCACUGAACAAAGAAACUUCUGCAGAAACAGCUGAGGCUUCUGGAAAAGUCUAUGAAAAGCAUGUCAAAGCUGAAGAUGAUGCUGCCACAGAAGGAGAGGAGAUGAAGGAACUCAGCACAGAGAAAUCUGGAGGGGAGGAGGAUGAAGGAGACGAGGAUGUAGGAGAGGAGCAAGAUGAGGAGGAAGAAGGAGUGGAGGACUCAGACCUGAUGCCUUCACUAGAGAGCCCGUACGAGACAAACAUUGAGGAGGUCGGAGCGGAGCAGGUGGGGUCAGGCCUUCGGAGACGCAACAGGCCUGAAUAAACUGACUGCAGGACUUCUGCACUGUAUAGACAUGUGACAGAUUAUUACGAUUAUUUAUUAACUGAAAGGCUUUCAUUCCCAAAGGCUGUUAGCAUUUUCAUCGACAGGUACGCUCAUUGAUCACUUUAAUAGGUAUACCUGUUCAAAUGCUCAUUAACACUAGUAUCUUAGCCAAUGACAUUGCUGCAACUAGUGCUAGUAAGAUAAAUCUGGUACAAGGCAUCUUUCUCUUUUUGAGACUAAUUUUAUUUUGUACCUUGUCUCUGAUACAGAUAAACUUGACACACUUAACUAAAUAAGCGGAAUCUAUUUGGGCAUUCAUAUAUACAUAAGGUGCUUUUCGGGCAAACAAACUUCGUAGGAACUAGGAACCUUUUGGGCAAUUUGUGCCUUUUGACCUCAGGAACCAGGGCCUAUAUCUGGUUAUGGGGUAGAUAACCUACCCCUUCAAGCAUCCCUUUCCAAAGGUCCAGGAGCUGUGGUGAAAGGUGAUAAACCUCUGCCACUCACUGAUCUCCUUUCUUUUUUUCUUUUCUUUUCUUUUCAUUUCUUUUCUCUGUAAAACCCUAGAGAUGAUGAUGACGAUGAUGUAAAAAUCCCAGUAGAUCAGCAAUUCGUGGAAUACUAAGAGUAGACUGUCUGGCACCAACAACCACAGCAUACUUAAAGAGGCGUAAAGCACCUAAAAGCACCAGAAUGGAAAAGCCACUCUUUUCCAUUCUGGUGCUUGUUUUGUACUUCUGCACAUCGUCAUGGUUUUCAGCUGACAUAGAGUCAAAACUACCACCUCUUUAUCAACCACUAGCAAACCAAAUGUCUGAACAAUUUUCAAUCAAAAUCAAGUGUUUCAUUUAAAAUGUGGCACUUUUUGGACUAGAAAUGGAACAAAAGAUGUGAUGAAACACCAUGGCGAUGUUCUUCAAAAGCAUAUCAUAGAUUUUGCCACAUAUUUUUUCCUGCUAGGUACACAUCCAAGGCCCCACUGGAAAUGGCUUACGGGUCCUGACCAUGUCUGCAUGCCUAAAUGCAUUAAUUGUUGCCAUCUGAUUAGAUACUUGCAUUAAUAGGAAGCUGAACAGUUGUACCUAAAAAGUGAUUGUUAAGAGUAUAUUGCGUUUAGAUGACACUAACAUCACAAGAAAGCUCUCUAACACUUAAGGCUCUAUUUCCUGCAGCUUCUCUGUCUGCUUUUAUAGAGAAAAUGUGCUGCUGUUUUUGCAUCUUGAGCCUGCACCACCUUGCAUCACUACCCAUUUCUUUCACUAGAAGAAACUGUGAAGAAGGACACUUUCACAGCAAGAUUCAUAAAAGUCUUAAAUGAUGCUUUGUUGUUUUUCUUACACUAAUUUUUUAUAUUUAUUAUACCUAAAGGGGAUGCCACUAAAGCUGCUGGAUGUAGAUAGCCUGCAGAAUAUAGAAGUGUAUGUAGACGUUUGAACCUAUGGCAUGAUUAUACAUCCAAACAUAACUAUGCAUGUAUAAUUUACUUUUUCUUUAACUCCACUGUGUGAUUGCAUGAGGUUUAUUUAUUCAAGGAAAAUGACAAUCAUUCUAUCAACCAGAAACACACUCUUCUGUUACUUUAACAUAUUUUUGCAUGUUGUUGGAAGGUAUCAGUUUAUACUUUGCCUUAAUUUUAAGCCACUUUUUAAGAUUUGAAAUGUGAGCAGAUACAGAAGGCGUCGCCUUGACUUCUGUCAAAACAAAACCAGAAACCAAAACCAGAUGACUUUUACAGCACAGUAGUGAUAAAACAGUCAUGAACAGUCAUUAAGGUGAGCCUGCAGUUAUUAUGACAUCAUACUUCUGUGAUAGAUUGGCACCGAAAGUUAAAUUCUUUUAUUCACUUUCCACUGAAUAUUUGUGACCCACCUUUAAAUGUACCAAAAUGUGGUUUAAGGGUUGAGUUUGCAGUGCCUAUAAAAAUAAUUCGUCCCUUCAGAUGUUUAACCCUUUAAUUGAUUUUAUAAAUUAAUCAUAGUCAAUACAAUUUGGCCUUUUUGACAAAAAAAAACCUCUUUAA